AAAGGUUAGACUUAUCUUUGACAACACGAAAAAUGCCGGCUGCUCAACCUCGGCCUAGAGUUUACGAUCAGCCUCAGGGUGUUAAUGCCAUAUUAUUGGGACCACCUGGUUCUGGAAAAGGCACUCAGGCACCCAAAUUAGCAAAGGAUUACAAAGUAUGUCACUUGUCUACAGGUGACAUGCUGCGUGCUGUGAUCAGUGCCGGAACUGAGUUGGGCAAGCGGAUCAAAGGUGUGAUAGACGCUGGGCAGCUGGUCAAUGAUGAGCUGGUGCUAGAACUGGUCAAUGACAGCCUGGACAAGCCGGAGUGUGCUAAUGGCUUCCUGCUGGAUGGGUUUCCUAGGACGAUAGGACAAGCGGAGAAGCUGGAUGACUUGUUAGAGAAAAGACAUUCUGAGCUGAAUGCUGUUGUUGAGUUCGCCAUAGACGAUUCAUUGUUGGUGCGCCGAAUUACCGGACGGCUGUUUCAUAUAAAAAGUGGGAGGAGCUACCAUGAAGAGUUCAACCCACCCAAGAAACCCAUGACAGAUGAUAUUACCGGGGAACCACUAGUACGCAGGUCAGACGACAACCCUGAAGCCUUACAGAAACGUCUGGAUGCCUACCACCUGCAGACCAAACCCCUUGUGGAUUACUACGGCAAGCGGGGUAUCCACGCCGCAGUGGAUGCGUCCAAACAGCCAGCCUGCGUGUACGCGCAGAUCCAGGCCAUCUUCAGUGCGGCUACUUGCAAGGAUAGGGUGAUGUACAUGAAAAACUAGUGAGACACCUAUUGGAAGUUGCUGUUGUUUUAAGCUUACAUCUGCCUGUAUUGACAUAGUAUAUUUUAAUGUGUGGACACCGGAAUAUUUUGGUUAGAUGUGUUGUUGUGUAUAAGAGUUAUACAUUCCUGUUUGUUGUUGCAGAAUUUUUAAACCUUGGUAGAUUAUUUUUUUUUUGGGUAGAAGUAUACUGUUUGGUUUAAGUACCAACAGUAUUUCAAGGGACAAAUUUCCAAUACUCACAAGAUUUGGAAAAUAACUUCUAAUUUUCCUUCUAGAAAAAAAAUAGACCAGUAUUGUAGGGAGGUAACCUGGGUUUUAAAUUUGUCUAAUUUCGGAAAUGUUCACCUUGUUUGUUUACAUGAAUAACUUAAUGCUUUAUUCUUGCCUAGCCUGUACUUAGACUAGGGCAAGUCCAGUACAAUUUUUAUUUUAUUUCUUUGAUUGGUCAGAUCCAUAUUUUUUAUGCAGAUGUUUCAAAUUAGAAGUAUAAAGAUUAAAUGUUGAAGCUAUAGUUUCAGUUUUUAAACUGAUCUGGUUGUUUUACUGAAGUAUUCUCAGCCAUUUAGUUUUUUAAUUAUUAUUUGUUUGGGUCAACACAUUAAUUUGUGAUACCAGUUGAGAUUGAGGCAAGAGUUUUAUUAUCGGCUGUUUGAAAUGUAUGAAAAAUUAUUUCAUGGAAGUUGUGACUACAUAAUUCUUAAUAAAAAUAAAUUUGUAAUCA